AUGAAUUCAGCACUAGAUAAGAAGAUACGACGUUCCAUUGACGUGCUGGAAGGAAAUUCAGCUCAACGGCCGGGAAUUUCAGCAAAACGGUACGAUUUUCGAUCUUAAUAUCGCUUUUUAUACCUUGAAAACUCAAUAACAAUAUUGUUUUUCUUUAGAAAUCGAGAUCCAUUAGCUGAAGCAUGCAAUGAAGUACGGAGAAUCUUGGCAGAUGAAGAAUAUUGGCCGAAAGCUUAUACGAAUCGAGCUUUACAUGGUUUAUUUGAUGUUUUAGACAAGGACGAUGCUAAUCUUCGUAUCUUGGCGGACCAAUGCUUGAAUGCUAUCUUAAGGGUAUGCUUAGUUAGUUAUUACAUUUUUCUUGGAUUUUAGGUAACACAACAAGCAAUAACCAGUUUUUUCAGAAGUUCUUGAUUAAAGGGCAUUCCUCAAGGACUCUAGCUGUUCUCCUCAACGAAAUAGGUCGAAAAGCUUCAGCCCGAGGGUUUGUAGCUGCUUUAACGAUGCUUGAAGCUACACUACAUUAUGCUAAAGAAGCUAGAGUGUCAGUUUAUGCGAUGCAUUUGUUUAAUUCCAUGAAAGAGACAAUCAAACGGCCAGAACAAGCGAUUCAGAGCUCGAUCGAGCAAUUAUUCCCUCAAAUUUGUUCGUUUUUCAAGCUGGAUUUGACUGACCAACAUUAUAGAUACGUAGAUGCUUUGUGUCUACAGUGUUUUGAGAAUCUACAGUUACCUGGAGUUGCAAAUCGAGCAGCUGUGGCACUGUUAGCUGCAUUUUACGAGAAUUUUCCGCAAAUUCGAACGAAAAUCGCUCAUAACUUAUUGGGUAAGUUGAAUAUCUUUUUGUUAUUUUGCUUUUUAGAUACUCUAAGGAUUGCUGAAGAAGUGAAUGACAAGAACAAGAUUGUUGGGAGCUUCAAUUUCUUUAAAAAAGCAUGGAAUUUUGUUAAGGAUGAGAAUGUUAUUCAUGCCGUUCUUUAUCGUUGUUUAUGUGCUUUGAAAUCAAGUAUGAGUGAGAUUCAAGUGGCUGUUUUGGAGCUUCUUGAUGUGGUUUGUAGCUCAGACUCUUUGAAUUUAUUGGAAUUUAAGCCUAGUUUAUUUAUUGAUCAAAGUUAUCAAAGUAGUUCGGAUUUGGAAUCCUUGAAUAAUGUUAGUGUAAGUUUCUAUUUUUUUUAUUGAUUUUUUUAUAUUUAGGUAAAAAAUGUCUUCUUUUUUAAUUUAGUUUAUCAUGAUUUGUUGAUUUUGAAAUUUAAGGCUACAUUUGAUAUUGUUUUAGAUCUCCAGUUACCUAAACUAAUAUUUUUUAAUAUUUAGGUAAUAAAAACGUCUUUUUCAGAUAACAGAGAAGGAUUUUGUAUUAGACGGAGAGGAAUCGACCAACAUUUCUAGGUUUAACUCAGUGAAUUCACUUGAAGAGUCGCUUCCACCUACAGCAAGAUCGGAGGUUUCUGAAGAUAAUGACGUUUUUAACAAGGACAGCGACGAUGUAAGGGCUUAAAAUUUGCCUCUUAUGUAUUUAGGUAUUAACUCACUAUUUUUGAAAUUUGCUUUUGGUCAAAAAGUUUGUAGAGAAUGCGAUAUAAAGCUGUUUUGUUAAGGAUGGUGCAUUUUUGGGGAUAUUGCCUCGUUUUUUAUGAAUUUUUGGACUGCUGAAGCGAUGGUUGAUCUAAUUUUUUCAGGAAGACACAGCGUCCGGUCGAACGUCGAAAAGUGGUAAUGAUCAAGUUGAAUCCGACCCACUUUUUCGCCCAAACUCACCUUCAGAAUACCUGUUGGACAAUGUGGAAGAACAACAGGAAUCUCCAACUGAUUCUUCAUACCAACUGAUAGAUGGACCACUAUGUGAAAAGCUACCGAAAGUACCGGAUCAACAACAAGCUUCAAAACAGCCUUUUCAACAACAACAUUUUGUAUAUUACACUUGUUACACGAUAUUAUCCAAGUUUUUAUUGUCCGGGAAGCCUGGGGAACUUAAAUCUGACACGGAUGUGCGAAUUUCAAUCAAAGUUAUGGUCCUGAAGGUCAUGGCGAACAUUGUGGGCAAGUAUGAAGGAGUACUAAUUAAAAAUGACACUGAGUCAACUUGGAAUAUUACCGAUGUUGUAUUAGGUGGACAGAGCUUUAUGGACAUCCAAAGUUUAAUACAAAGCUCGGAUGACACUCUGGCAGUACGAUGUUUUGAAGUUUUUGCGAAUUUGGAGGCUAGAUUGGUCAGAAGUGGCGUUAAAUACAAACAAACUGCUAUGCCGAGUAAGUUGGAGUAUUGUGAGGGUUGGUUAUGGUAGGGCAGGGGCUGCGGAAGGGCACGGUGAAGUAGGUUAUGGUACGGCAGGGUGGAGUAGAUGGUAGGUUAUAGUAGGGCAGAGGGUGCGAUAGGGUAGGAUGGACCAAGGGUAGGUUAUGGAAGGGCAGGAGCUACGGUAAUUCACUUUAGAGUAAGUUUGGCUAGGGCAAUAGGUACGAUGCAGGGAUACGAUGGCUCAGGCGUUGAUCACCUAUCGUAAACUUACCUUGUCUUACCGUACUCCUACUUCUACUUGCUUUCAUCUGCCGUACUUGUAUUGCACAUGGCUCCUAUUCAACCUUACUCUUACUCUGUACUACACUACGGUGCUCGAUCUUACCUUACCUUGUCAUUAUCUUACCCUACUCUACCUUAUUGUACUACUCUAGCUUAAAUUUCGUACCCUACUGCUAUUUUACCCUACCUUACCCUAUUUUACCUACCUUAUUCCUCCUACCAUACCAUACCCUACACUGAGUUUCCCUACUUUACCGUACUUAACUCAUCUUCACCCUACCCUUCUGUUUAGGUAAAUUUUCGAUUCAUCUAGUCCAACUCCUUCGCCAGCCAAAUCCAAUGAAACUCAAAGAAUUGUUCCAAAUUCUAACAAAGACCCAAAUCAUUCUACAAGAUCAAAACACAUUGAAAACGGUACUAAACUCAGCGAUUGACACCUUCGAUUGUGACUACUUUUUACUCAAGAUCGCCAGAGCUGAAUUCUUAUCUAAAAUACGUUGGGAUUUGGUGAAUCCAAUGAUUAAAGAACAAUAUCAAAAGAAAUGUCUGCUAUUAUUGAUUAAAAACUUGUUUGACAGCGAUUAUAGAGUGUCACAGGCGGUCGCUGAGGUGUUUUCAAGGUAAGAACUUUCUUUACAAAAAAGUGGCAACAAUUUUCUUUACAUAACGAAAAAUGGCAAGAACUUUCCUUACAAAACGAAAAACAACAAAAACUUUCUUUACAAACUUUAAAAAAUAGCAAAAAAUUUUAUUUAUUUUGCACAGUGCAAAACCUUCUUUUGAUUGCACUGUGCAGUCAUUUAUUAAAAAUUCAUUGUGCCAUUCUUUUUGAAGCAUGUCAAAGUAAAAGUUGUUUUAAUAGCUUUUUAUAGGUACAGACUAAAAGAUAAAACAAUAUUUGUUAUCUAAAAUACGUGAGAAAUAGCACAGUGAAAAAAACAAAAUUUGUUGCACCGUGCAAAAAGAUAAAAUGGCAAAAACUUUGUUUACAGUUAAAAAUGAAAAAAAAGUAAAAAAGAUGUGUUACCUAAACUUUAAUUAAAUUUUAAAUUUUAGCGCCGUCAAAAACGCCGAACUUUCAAAAUUGUCCAACAUUUUCAACGUGUCAUGCCCUGAGGACAUAACCGGUUUCUCCUUAUCACAACAGCCUCAAAUCUACGCUCUACAUCCUAAUUACUCCUUCCGAGGCGAUUGUCCAGACCUACUAUACGAACACAAUCUUACAGUAGCCAUUACCAUGCUAUACGAUGAAUUUUGUACAUCAAAGAACGCCGCCGGCUUCAUUAUAGGCUUAUUAAGCUUAACAGAUGCCUUCUCACCGAAUAUUUAUGGAAAUGCAUGGGCAUUAGAGCUGUCAUGUCACAAUUUUCAAAAGUCCGUCAUUGACGUACUGGUCGAACUGGCCGAUAGUACCAUCAGUCAACCCAGCCUAAUGGUUAGUACCCUAAGGCUAAUCGGCCAAAUUUCGAACGGAAUUGCCGAGAAUUUGAUGACAAAACAAAAAUGUCAAAUCCAGCAGGAAAAGAACUGUAUCGAAGAUGUAAUAGUACUACAUACCAGGGUGGUUAACAUGUAUUUCACAGUGAUAAGGGAGAGUUCAGCCAAAAGCACGGUCAAUAUGAGCUCACCAAUGUUCACUAAGAGGAAUUGGGUCCAAGGCGGAGGCAGAGACUCGGCCAGCGAGAAUCGGUAAGGGUUUUGGGUUAGGGCGGGGUAAAAUUUUUAAAAUUUGAAAAUUUUUUUUUAAUUGAAUACAUAACUAUAACACGUUUCAUUUGAAUUUUUGAGCGUUUUAGGCUUAUAUUUGGUUAUUUUAUACCUAAAUUUAAUAAAAAUUUUUGAAAAUUUAAAAAUUAAAAAAAAUUUUUUUUUGUAAUGUUGGAAUUAGAAUUCGUUUUUCAGCUUAUAAUUUAAAUUUAUUUUAUUUUUAGUUAUUUUAGGCUUAUAUUUAGUCAUUUUAGGCGAAACUUAAGAAAAAAAAAUCAAAUUUUUCAAAUUUUUUUGUAUUUUUAGACUUUAAAAUUGAUUCUUAUAUUACUAGAAGCAUGAAGAACGUAUUUUAAACUAUUUUUCGUUUUGUCACAAUAUUUUAAAAAUUUAAGGCGAUUCUGAAAUUUUUAAAAACAUUUGCACGGUGCAAUGAAAUUUUCUAAAAGCUUGCACAGUGCAAGCUGCUUUUACAAUUUUUAGGUAAUAAUGUCCCUUUUUAUUAGAUUUUGGCUUGACUUAUGAUUUUUAUGGCAUAUUUUUGUUUUUUAAGAGGUUAGAAAAGGUUUAUGAUUAUAUUGACAUUUACUGCACGGUGCAGAUUUUUGUGAAAUUGCACCGUGCAAAAAAUGAAAAAUUUGUGAAUCUGUGCCAUUUUAAUGUCAUUUUAAUGGUGAAAUUUGAGCUUUUUUUUUAUUUUUUAACUAAGUUUUUAACUUUUUUUAUUAUUUUCAUACCAAUAUAUUGUUGUAGGUCUUACUCGAUAUCCCACCUAGUAGGCACUGGAGUCCACCCAACUCGACCAACUUCAUACACAUCAUCCUUAUCAUUAAGACGAAUAGAACCAUUAAUUCGAGGAGCUUUUACUAAUUUUCAAACUUCAUUAAAGAAGAAUUCAGAAGAAAGAUGCAUUUUACUACUUAACACGGCUCUAGACGGUCUAUCAGCCCUCCUAGAGGUGGUACCUCGCGAUGUACUAAAUUUAUUUUUGGACGAAUUCUUCGUAUAUAUCAAAACAAUAAUGCACGUAUCAUUGGCUAGCUGUACUGCCUUGAUUAGUCAGUUAUUGAAGGUUAUAUUUGAUGGAAAUGCGUAUCAUAUUGACAUCAACACAUUGGUCUCUUUGAGGCUCAAAAACUCGGUCGUGCCGAACGGUAAGAGGGUCGGUUUUGGGUUUGGUGGGAAGAUAAAAAGCUAGGCUACUAUAUUGUGGGCAUUAAAAUGUCUUCUUUUUUUAUUUUAGUUGUCGUAUUUUACUAAAACACCAAAAAAUAUGACCCAAAAAAGCAAAUUUUUAAAAUUUUUUUGUUUCAAUGACAAUCUUUUUUGAAACAAAGCUACAGUUUUUAAAGUUUGGAUAAAUGAAGAGUGUCUAUGUGGUCAGAAAAAUAGUUGAAAAGCAUUUGAAAAUUUUAACUUGUCUUAAAGUUGCAGUAGUUUUGCCAUAACUCAUCAAUUUUUAAAAAUUUAAAAUUUUUGAAAAAAAAUUUUUUUGAAUUCAAAAAAUUGAAGGUAUAGACCUUGUAAAGCAUAGUAAUUCGAAUAUUAUAUGUAAUUUUUAUGGUGAUAUAUUGUCUUACCGCAAAAUUAUGGCAAAUUGAAAAUGUCGAAAAUUCAAAAAAGUUCGAAUCCGCUUGGGGACUUUUCAAUUUUUGACAUUUUUAAUGAGACGCUAUCUUUUCUACGCGUAUUUUACAAAAAAAUCAUUUUAAAAAUCCAGUUAAACUUAAAAAACUUAAGUUUCAAUAUGAAGGCUUCGAAACCUUACCAUUCCAGAUCAACUAGACAUGUACAUAGGCCGGUCAAUCAACGCUUUUUCCGUCUAUUUGGCUUUUCUCGACCGGUCGGAACAUUUUACAACGCAUCAAUUGAGGCAUUUUGGCUGGUUAAAUAAGAAUAAGAGCUCUGUAGCGACAACAAGAAGCUCUAGUCAUGCAUUGGAGAUUGGUACCAGAUUGGAGCAGUUUGAACGAUUUGUGACGUUUCUAAUGCAUGCCUUCAUGAAUAACUCACAAAAGGAAGUCAGAGGAAAUGUGAGGGAAUAUUGGUUGUUUUUAGGCUUGUUACGCAAGUUAAGGCUUGACAAUCUUGGUUUGGUAGGGCAGGGUAGGGUAACGGCAGGGUAAGGUAGGACAGGGUAGGGUAGGAUGUGGUACUGCAGGGUAUGGGAGGGUAAUGUAGGGUACGGGUGAUCACAUUUUUAGACUUAACAGCACGCAUUUUUAGGCUUAUUACGCAAGUUUUAGGCUUAGCAGCACACAUUUUUAGGCUUAUUGCGCACGUUUAGGCUUAGCAGCGCACAUUUUUAGGCUUAUUACGCAAGUUUUGGUUUAGCUGCACAUGAUUUUAGGAUUUAUUAUGCAAAUUUUAGGCUUAACAGCACGCAUUUUUUGGCUUAUGACGCAGCCUUAUGCUUAGCAGCACACAUUUUUAGGCUUAUUACGCAAGUUUAGGCUUAGCGGCACUUAUUUUUAGCUUAUGACGCAACCUUAGGCUUAGCAGCACACAUUUUUAGGCUUGCUACCCAACUUUAGGCUUAGCUUAAAGUUCAUUUUUAAGCUUUUUACACAAGUUUUAGGCUUAACAGCACACAUUUUUAGGCUUAUUGCGCACGUUUAGGCUUAGCAGCACACAUUUUUAGGCUUAUUACGCAAGUUUUGGUUUAGCUGCACAUGAUUUUAGGAUUUAUUAUGCAAAUUUUAGGCUUAGCAGCACACAUUUUUUAGGCUUAUUACGCAACGUUUAGGCUUACAAACACAUGUUUUUAGGCUUAUUACGCAACGUUUAGGCUUACAAACACAUGUUUUUAGGCUUAUUACGCAACGUUUAGGCUUACAAGCACAUGUUUUUAGGCUUAUUACGCAACGUUUAGGCUUACAAGCACAUGUUUUUAGGCUUAUUACGCAACGUUUAGGCUUACAAACACAUGUUUUUAGGCUUAUUACGCAACGUUUAGGCUUACAAGCACAUGUUUUUAGGCUUAUUACGCAACGUUUAGGCUUACAAACACAUGUUUUUAGGCUUAUUACGCAACGUUUAGGCUUACAAGCACAUGUUUUUAGGCUUAUUACGCAACGUUUAGGCUUACAAGCACAUGUUUUUAGGCUUAUUACGCAACGUUUAGGCUUACAAACACAUGUUUUUAGGCUUAUUACGCAACGUUUAGGCUUACAAGCACAUGUUUUUAGGCUUAUUACGCAACGUUUAGGCUUACAAACACAUGUUUUUAGGCUUAUUACGCAACGUUUAGGCUUAGCAAUACACAUUUUUAGAGUUAUGACGCAAUUUUAGGCUUAGCGAUUUUGGUAUGGAAGGGUAGGGUGUGUUAAAGUAGCACAUAUCUAAUGAUACUAACGGUACCUAUAUGAUAACUUAUUCAAUGUAAACUAUGUUUUUAGAUCCUAACCCUACUUGGAGUCCUAGUAAUGAACGACGUUCGCUACGACAAACUGGACCCUCAAAGCCGAAUCUGGAAGUCGGUUUUGCAAAUUGUCAGACAUCCAAACCUAAAAUACGCGAAUGAAUUCGAAUCUCUAUUUAAAUUUAUCUGUUUGGUGACAAGAGUUAUCGACGUAUCAUUCGACGAACUGAUAGCAUUGUUAACGAAAUGCAUCGAACAUAGUAACGAAGAGAAUUGUCAUCAUCUCAUGGAUGGGCUGCACAUUGUUGUACUUGAAGCUGUAGGGUAUUAUGCAAAGGUAAAGAAUUUUUGUUAUGCUUUUGGUUGGAAAGAAUGUUUUUGCAAUUUUUUGAUUUGGAAAGAAAGUUCUUGUCAUUUUAUGUCAUCUAAAGAAAGUUUUUGCAUUUUGGUUUGUAAAGAAAGUUUUUUCUAUUAUUUGAUUGUUCAAUUUGUUUUCACAGUCAAAACCUUAUUUGUUAUGCACCGUGCAGUGAAUUCAUUUUUCUGCACCGUGCAACAAUUUUUCUUUUAAUAACAGUGUUAUUUGUGGCGUAUUUUAUCUAACUAAUAUGGUCUUAAAAUUUAGUAUAGACGUAUAAAAAGCUAAUAAAACUGUUUUCGCUUUGGUGGCAUUAAAAAGAAUGACACAAUAAAUUUUUAAAAAAAUGACUGCACAGUGCAAGCCAAAAAAAUUCUUUGCACUGUGCAAAUAAAUUGAAGUUUCUUGCCAUUUUUUGUUUUGUAAAGAAAGUUUUUGCCAUUUUUCGUUUUGUAAAGAAAGUUCGGCGCUUAUGUAGAUCAGCCCCCCGCUUUGUGAAGUAUAGCCCCGCAACCAUUAUAGAUACUUUAGCCCCCCAUAAUGAAAAAUGAAAAUCAAUUAUUUUGAAGUUGUUACUGCCGGGUUGUUUUUAUUUUGGGUGGUUGAUGUUAACAGUUGGGGGGGGGGCUAAUGUUAACAGUUGGGGGGGGCUGAUGUUAACAGUUGGGGGCUGAUGUUAACAGUUGGGUGGUUGUUGUAAAUAGAAAAUAAAAUUAAAAGUGCAUUUUUUAGUUGUAA